AUGGCGCCGCCCUUGUGGAGCCGGGGGCAUCUCCCCUCAGACAGUGCGGCCUCUCAAGAGAGAGGACUGCCUGAAACGCGCUCAGCCUUCUCUCCCUCUCCCCCCACCUCUUCUCGCCCUCCUCAUGCUCAUUCUUCGACUCUCCUAGCACAGCGUGCAGCUGUUGCCUCCCAUUCUUCUCCUGCUGCUCCUUCUCACUCUUCGACUUCUCCGUCUUCUCGUCAGGCCCUCGAGGGUGAGGCUCUGGGCAGUCCACGGGAGCGCCGACGCCCGUGGAACUCCCACAGCUCCUCUCGCAGGUCUCCCCAGAAAUCUUCGUCUCCUUUCGCGCAGCCGCGUGCUGUCCAUCUCCGCCUGAGUGACUGGUCUAGACGGGACAACGCGCUCGGACGAUGGGACGAUGCAGACGCAGUUCUGCCCCCGAACGCCUCUGCGGAUGACGAGACUGCAGCGAUCCAGCCUCCUCACCUCCAUCUUGAUCUCGAUUUCGACGUCGACGCGCCUUCCCUUUGCUCGCCGACCUACGACAGUUCAUGCAGGGGAUCGCCCGCCUCGAGCGCGUCCUUCGAGCUCCGCAAGUGCCGUCUGACAUGCCCGCGUGCCUCGGAAAACGACGCGACACGAGAAAUCCCCUGGUGGGAUGCCACAGGCCUCGGCGCGAGGCGAAACCUCGAAACCCCCACGGCGUCGCCUCUCUCGUCUGGAGCUGGUCACGGCGCAUGCACGCGACACAACGCCGGCUCUGGCCUUCGCUUCUCUCGAUUCCGAAACCCGUAUCUGCGUCUAACCUCCGAGGCGCUAGCCUCCGAUAAUGAAGCAGGCCGCCCAGAGGCCGUCGACAGAGACAGAGCGCGCGACCCUGGAGGCAUGACGCGCUUCCUCAAUCGCCUGCAGCGUCUCCGACAGCGACAAGCUGCGUGCAGCUCGGCGGGAAGGCGAGGAAGCUUGGGAGAGGACGGCGCGUCUUCGAAGGUUUCUUUCCUGUGCUCUUGGGACUCGCGAGAAGACCUGAGAAGAGAACUCCGAAAGAAAUGUGCGCAGUGUUCGCGGGUAUGGCGAACUAUGUCGCGAGAUCAAUACAGCGGUGCACAUGCACGCAGCGUCAAUAUCGUUGACUUGUACGCCGCCUACGACGAAGUCCACGAGGCGCCACACAACGCAAACCUCCACUCUCAGCUUUUGUCUCGGACGCUCUCUCCAGGGAGAACAGCCGCAGCAGGCGCUGCAGCCUCUUCUGUCGCUGAAGCGGACCGUCCAAGCGAGACAGACCCGCGCCUUUUGGCGCCGUCUGCGCCUCAACAAACCGGCGCCUUCGCGUCUGCAGCUGCGCCUACAGCAGUCAAACGGUGUCUCCUCGCCACUAGCAGCCUUCCCGGAGGAGAGCGAAUCUCCCUCUGGAUCGCCCUCGUCCUCAUUGGAAUUCUCACAGCCCUGGUUUCGUAUUUUCUCGACUGGAUCGUCGAUUUUGUUUUUCUGCCUCUCCAAGAAAGCGCCGUUCAGCGACACUCCUACGCUGCCAUCUUCGUGUACUCGGUUGCCUGUGCAGUCGUGGCAACGGGCUGCUGUCUUCUGGUUCCUCAGAGUCAAGGUUCGGGAAUCCCGGAGUUGCGAACGAUCUUGUCCGGGUCGUUUCUUCCGGACUUCUGUUCUUGGCCGACGUUUUUCGCGCGCUGCGUGGGACUGCUGGCGUGCAUUUGCGGCGGCUUGUCCGUCGGGAAGGAAGGACCGUUCGUGCAUUUGUCAGCCAUCCUGGCGACGCAGCUCUGCCGCCUCCCGCCGCUUCGCUCGCUCAUUGCCUCGCCCUCGAAGCUGCUGUCGAUCCUCGACGUGGCAGUCGCCGCCGGGGUCACCGCCACGUUCGGAACCCCUUUCGGCGGCGUGCUGUUUUCGAUCGAAGUCACGGCCACCUUCUUCCUCGUGCAUGCGCUCUGGAAGAGCUACUUCUGCUGCAUCUUCUGCGUCUUGACCUUUCGCCUGCUUCACGAGAAACUGUCGCCGAUCGAACAACUGUACCAGGGCGCUCAACUCCCCAGCUUCGACCUGUCCUGGGAGAUUUUGAACUUUGCGUUCCUGGGUGCCAUCUGCGGAUGUCUCGGCGGCCUGUUCGUCUGGGCUGCGAGCAAAAUCUUCCAACUCGCCCGCAGGCACGUCUACCCCAGUGCAGGGCGGAAGAUUAUCUUCGUCUGCGGAGUCAUGCUCGUUCUGAACAUCCUCAGCCAGCACUCGGUCGUCCUCAAAAGCGAGGAUAGGCUGAAACUCAGCGAGUUCUUCGACGUCGAGAACCUGGACAGCAAAUGGGGCUCGCACGUCCUUUUCUCCCUCUUUCUCUUCGUCCUCUUCAAGUUCGCAGCAACCAUUCUCUCCGUCGCUUGCCCCGUCCCUGCUGGAAUCUUCACUCCCAUCUUCGUCUGUGGGGCUGCUCUAGGACGUCUGUAUGGGAUGCUUUUCAGGCACUUUGUUCCAACGCUCUCCUCUCCCGCCGCAUACGCACUCGUCGGCGCAGCGUCUCUCGCUGCAGGAACCACCCGGACAAUCAGCGUCAGCGUCAUUGUUUUCGAGCUCACAGGGAAACUGAGCCACAUGAUCCCUGUUCUCCUCGCCGUUCUCAUUGCCUAUGGUGUCAACGGCUUCUUUACGAUUUCUGUCUACGACGUUAUGCUGCUGAUCAAAGACCUUCCCUACGUGCCAAAGCUGAAGUCCAUGCAUGCGUACAAUCUCCAAGCCAAAGACAUCAUGGCGGCAACGGCUUAUAUUCGGGGCUGCGCUCGACAAGCGACGCUCCAGGGCGAAAGGCGAGGAGAAAGAACCAAGAAGUGCACUGGGGACAGAGGCAACGACAUUUCGUAUGGUCUCUCGAAAGAGAGUGAGCACCAAGGGGGUACACCGCUGUCUGUGCAGAUUGAAUUGCCGUGGAUCCGAACUGAACAGGAAGCACCAGACGAGAAGGGGAGAACAAACCAGGAGAAAAAGGGGACAAGCGUCGACUGGCGGUCCAGGUGUUCUUCUCCUAUCCCCCUUCUCUUGGAAGAGAGAGGCGAAGGCGAUUCUGUUUUAAUGCAAAGCGAGGAAGGGACGAGCGACUCAACUGGAGAGUCCGCCGUUGGGGUUUCUUUGUGGGAGUCCCGAGACAGCGUUUCGGGUGUACAUACACCCGAGAUGGGGGCGGGAACCGGCGGGUAUCGAGGAUGCGAGUUCAUGCCUCGCGGAGGAGAAGGCCAAGAGAGAGACAGCGUAGUCGAGAGGAUGGCGCACCACGGAUUUGACUGCUUGGACGAGUUUCCGUCUCCAGAAGAGGAUCAGGACGAAGACACAUUUAUUGUUGCCAUCGAGAAAGACCGGGGCACCGUUUUGGACCUCGUUUUCUGUCGACUUCUCUACGCGGGCGUGGCCAUCCCCGUCGUGUCGAGCGUCGCUCAACCCCGCGUGGAAGGCGCCGUCUCUCUCUCUGCCUUGGACAGGUACUUGUCGUCUCUCGACAUCUCUGUUUCCCCCUCUGCUCCCUCCCCGGCGCCGUUCUCGCCCUUCACGCCGUUCUCGCCUCAGCCUCUGCGCCGUUCACUGGCUCCUGGGCUCGCCGAUGCUCACUUUCCCCGGAGAAAGCGACCGUCGCUGAGGCGCCUGGGUAGCAAAGUGCGGCGUCUCCUCGCCGCUGGGUACCCCUCGAGACACACGAGUUCUCGGCGGGGCCGGGAUCGAAGAGCCUGGCGCGAGAACGGCGGAGGACGCGAGAGAGAGAAAGACCAUGCUCAGAGAGAAGAGCGACGACGCAGCGCGAGAGCCGGCGAGAGCGUCUCGAGUGGAGAGGAAGACGAGGAAGAGGAAACAGAGGCAGGGGACACGGGAACAGAAGGAGAGGGAGACGAGAGAAGAUCUCACGCAGAGACCGGAAGGCGGAGGAGAAGUUCCGAGGAAGAUGCGUCAGAGGAGAGUUCGGAGGAAAGGAAAGAGCAAGGAAGGGAAGGGUGGCGAGGGAAGGACGCAGGCAGAGGGAGCGUCGGAGUCGACAGUGCGCAUGGCCCCUACAACGAGCAACAGAGAUACUUUCAAAGAACAGAUGCAUGCGAUAAAGGAGAAGGAGAAAGAGAAGGCACUCUCGCCGACCGAGGCCCGCGGAGAGAACGCGCGGAGGCAACGCCAGCGCGUCCGCAGGCCACCGCCGCAAACGAAGGGACGAGUACCUUUGGACGCAUGCAGCCCCAGGGAGAGGAGACGCAUGCAGAGCACACUCUGGCUGCUGUGGCUUGGAGAAUCCUCGGGCGCGUGCUUGCCGUUUACUCUCCCGCCGAGCUCCGCUGUCUAGACAGCAUCCCCAUCGACUGGACACGCCUCGACGUCGACGCAGCGCCCCUCUGCGUCCUUCCAGAAACUCCCGUGAGCAAAGUUCAUUUCAUGUUCACCAUGCUCUUUCUCGGCCAGGUCUUUGUCUCCAGCAACGCCGGUUUGCUUCUCGGCGUGAUCACCAAGCAGUCGUUGCUGCAAGCAGACGAAGAAGCGACUUCUCCGCCUGUGGGGCGCGGAGGAGGGCGGACAAGCCAGGGAAAUGCUGUCUGGGAAACGUUUCAUCUUUUCUCCCUCCUCAAGAGAGAAAUCCGCCGCCUCUGCAAGCCGCGAACAACCGGGCUGCAUGCACGACAGGAGGCGCCUGUUCGAAUUUACGGGAGAGCGCGUGGCUGA